GCAGCGCGUACAGAUCCAUUUGUAAGAGCUCUUUGGUCACCGCCAUGGUUCUAGUCCAAACUUGAAUUGAUACUACAACUCCCAGGAGUCUGAGCGUGUGCGUGGGCGCGGGGCUUACUCGCUCCGAGCCGGCCCAAAAGCGCGCUAAGCCUCCUGGGAUGAUGCCUUCCGAUUCUCGUCUGACUGGCUGUGGAGGAGCGCGCUGCGGAGAAUGAACUACGACUCCCAGCAUGCCCCACUCCGCUGCCGCCCCGCCUUGGUGAGUGCAAAGUCAGAAUUCUCCGCGCUGGGCCGCCCCUGGACAGCGCCGAUGGGCGUGUGGGACUGGGCUGCACAACCUGAGGGUCUGAGAGGCCUACCCUGCGCUGGUGAGAGGCUAACCUACCAAUUCUGCAGCGCCGAGAACUGCUAUGGAGAGCAGGUGCUACGGCUGUGCUGUCAAGUUCACCCUCUUCAAGAAGGAGUAUGGCUGUAAGAAUUGUGGCCGAGCCUUCUGUAACGGCUGUCUUAGCUUCAGCGCUCUGGUACCCCGGGCUGGCAACACACAACAGAAAGUCUGCAAGCAGUGCCACACAAUCCUGACCAGAGGGUCUUCUGACAAUGCUUCCAAGUGGUCACCACCUCAGAACUAUAAGAAGCGUGUGGCAGCCUUGGAAGCCAAGAAAAAGUCCAGCACUUCCCAUAGCCAAAGCCUGACCCACAAAGACCAAGCCAUCGCUGAGCGCCUAGCACGGCUUCGUCAGGAAAACAAGCCUAAGUCAGUACCCUCACAAGCCGAGAUAGAGGCACGGCUAGCCGCACUGAAGGAUGAAGUCCAGGGCCCCAUUCCUUCCACGCAGGAGAUGGAGGAUCGGCUUGCAGCCUUGCAGGGCAGAGUCCCACCUUCUCACACCGUGAGACCGGCACACCAGGCACCAGAUACCAGGACCCAGGCCCAGCAGACGCAGGAUCUGCUAACACAGUUGACAGCUGAGGUGGCUAUUGAUGAAAACUGCCAACCAAGAGCCUCAGCCUCUCUCCAGAAUGACCUCAACAAGGGAGCUGCGAGAAGCCAGCGCACAAAUUCCCAGGGCCAGGCCAGCCAGUCUCUGGAGGAAGAGAAGUACAAGCUGCUGGCUGAGGCAGCUGUUGAGCUACAGGAGGAGAACACCAGGCAGGAACGGAUCCUGGCUCUUGCCAAAAGAUUGGCUGUACUGAAGGGACAGGACCCCAGCAGAGUGACCCUCCAGGACUAUCACCUCCCAGACAGUGAUGAGGAUGAAGAGACAGCCAUCCAGAGAGUCAUGCAGCAGCUCACUGAAGAAGCUGCCCUGGAUGAGGCAAGUGGCUUUAACAUCCCUGAGAAACCAGCUCCAGGAUCCCGGGCCCAACCCUGCAAGGCAGAGAUGGAGCCCCAGUCUCUGCUUCAGGGGCCCCAGGCUGAGGAGGAGGAACUCCCCUGGUGCUGUAUCUGCAAUGAGGAUGCUACUUUGCGCUGUGCUGGCUGUGAUGGGGACCUCUACUGUGCCCGGUGCUUCCGGGAGGGCCAUGAUAACUUUGAUCUUAAAGAACAUCAGACUUCUCCCUACCACCCCCGACGGCCUUGCCAAGAACACUGAGGAUAACCUAAUGAUCUCCUGAGGUGGCUGUGCCACAGGCAACCAGCAGGCUGGGAAGACUCCUGGGCCAAGUCUCAGGGCAUCCAGGGGGACAGAAGACCCUGCUCUACUGAUGGUAAACACACCCUUUUGUGAGCUUCCCAGUCCCUGGAAGGAAGAAACAUAAUAAGUCUGAGAGGGGCCAGGUGAGAGGAGGAGUCAUGGCCCUCCCCUAAGAGGCUGGCCUCAAACAGAGACAGAUGGAGAAGACACCAUACUGAAGCUAAAAGUGAUACCUGAAAUCUGCUUCCCAGGCCCAAUCCUGGCUAUACUGGGAUCUAAUAAAAUGUGUUGAGCCAUUGGC